AUGGGACUCAUGGGCCAGCUCCGAGUGCUCACCAAGCGCAACGUGACGCGGCUCGUCCGGGACAAGAUCGCGUUCGGCGCGCGCCUCGGCCAGAGCAUCUUUACGUCCAUCUUUGCGGGCCUCAUCUUUUGGCAGAUCAAGAUGUCGCAGUCGGGCGUCCAGUCGUUCACGGGCGCGCUCUUCUUCGUCGCGAUCAACCAAAUGUUUGGCGCCGCGACGCCCGAAUUCAUCGCCGUGCCGAUGGAGCUCCCCAUCAUGCGCCGCGAGUACGACUCGGGUCUCUACCACGCAUGGGUGUGGUACCUCGCCAAGAACGUCAGCGAGCUCUUCUUCCAGCUCGUCUUUCCGCUCCUCUUUCUACUGCCGCUCUACUUUAUGAUUGGCUUUGACGGAUCGGACGCGACGCUCUUCUUUAGCUUUUACCUCUUUAUCAUGCUCAUCACGAGUGCGGCGACGGCGCUCGGCUACAUGGUGUCGUGCAUCGGCAAGAACGCGGACGUGGCCAACAUCCUCGGCAUUUUGUUUCUGCUGCCCG